CUGCACUGCAUAUAUAUACAAAACAAAACUCCCUUUCCCUUCAGGUUUGUUUCUCUCUCCAGGGUUUUUAGGGUUUCCAAUUUCCGCCAGGAGGAGGCAAAGGCUUAAGCAUGGACAGAUAUCAGAAGGUGGAGAAGCCGAAGCCGAAGCCGGAAUCUCCGGUGAACGAGAAUGAGAUCCGCAUUACUUCGCAGGGUUUGGUGCGAAACUAUAUCACCUAUGCCACCACCCUUCUUCAGGAGAGACGUGUGAGAGAGAUUGUCCUGAAAGCAAUGGGCCAGGCAAUAAACAAGGCAGUGUCUAUUGCAGAGAUCACAAAGAGAAGAGUUCCUCGACUACAUCAGGACACUGCCAUUAAUUCUGUGAGCAUAACUGAUACCUUUGAGCCCAUUGAAGAAGGCCUUCAGAUUGUGGAGCAGACUCGCCAUGUUUCGAUGGUCACAAUCACCUUAUCUACCAAGGAGCUUAACAAAAAUUCUCCAGGGUAUCAAGCUCCAUCCAAUGUGGAUCAAACUAAACAACAACAGUACAACUACCCACCACAACAAAAGUUACCACCAAGACAAGUUGGUCCUCCAGUUCAGAACCCUGGGAGAGGUUCAUAUGGUGGAAGGGGAAGAGGCUUUGGAAGAGGGAGGGGACGAGGUUGGAGCAGAGGUGGAUAUGGAAACUACCAAGAAAAUGGAGGGUAUUCGCGUGGCUAUUCUGGUGGCGAUUAUCCUAAUUGGGGCAGGGGCAAUGGUCGUGGGGGUUGGGGCUAUCGUGGAGCUGGAUAUGGACGAGGUAGAGGUGGAGUUGGCAGAGGGUAUGGACGUGGGCGUGGAAGGAUGAUGGGUCCCUGGAGGGGAGGUGGCAACCACAUGUAAUCAGGAAUUGGCUCAAAGGUAGCUCGCUUUACUUGGCUCCCGGGUGUUCGUACUCUGCUCAAGGUUUGUUUACAAUUUCUUCAUGAAACUGCAGCCUCUUUUUAAAAUCAAGGUUUGUUUGUUGGCAGCAGCCAGCUGCUUUGGGUUUUUUUGUUUUUAUAUGUGGGCAAGCUUUGUUUUCGAACAAAUUAUUCAAUAUAGAGCCAAGAACAAGCAAAAUCAAUUUCUGAACACAUGCUAUAACACUCUCAUCCCUUUAAUACCCCUCGUCAAUAUUUCAUUCUAUUAUAAAAAUUUAAUUGUUUGAUUUUACGUUUUGUGCCAAAAGUC